AUGAAGGCUUUAGUAAAGUUAUACAGCCUCAAAGCAAAAUAUCAAUUGUCCGAUGGUGGGUUCUCUGAACUUUUGCUGCUGAUUGCCUCUAUGCUCCCGGAAGGCAACACUUUUCCUUCUUCAUUCAGCGAAGCUAAGAAAAGUUUAUGUGUUUUAGGAAUGGAAUAUGAGAAAAUACAUGUUUGCCCGAAUGAUUGCCUAUUAUACCGUGGAGAAAGAGAGGAAGAUGAGACGAGGUGCCGCAUUUGUCAAGCCUCUAGAUGGAAGUUGAACAAAAAAGGAGAAGAAUUAGAAGGGGUGCCUGCCAAGGUCUUUGUGACACCCCUAGAUCGGGGUUCACCUAAAACAGCAAAGGAUUUGACUUGGCAUGACACUGAGAGAUUAAAGGAUGACAAGAUGAGACAUCUGGCAGAUUCAAAAACAUGGAAAGAAGUAGAUGCAAAAUGGCCAGAGUUUUCUGCAGAUUCUAGAAACCUCCGGUUAGCUUUAUCAACUGAUGGAUUCAAUCCUUUUCAUAGCACGAAUAUUGAUUACAUUUGUUGGCCAGUCUUGUUGUCUAUUUAUAAUCUUCCUCCGUGGCUCUGUAUGAAGAGGAGGUAUAUUAUGCUAUGUUUGUUGAUAUCCGGACCAACUCAGCCUGGUAAUGAUAUUGACGUUUUCCUUCAACCACUUAUACAGGAUCUACAAAAGUUGUGGCAUGGAAAACAAGUUUAUGACGCAUACAAGAAGGAGUAUUUUUUGCUUAGAGGCAUUUUGUUGUGGACAAUCAGUGAUUAUCCAGCCUAUGGCAACUUGUCUGGAAACAUUAUCAAAGGGUAUAAUGGUUGUCCUAUUUGUAUUGAUGAAACAAAAGCAACAAGAUUGGUACAUUAUCGCAAGUGUGUGGUCAUGAGGCACCGUAGAUGGUUUCCCCGUCAUCAACCGUAUCGCAAACAGAAACAGGCUUUUGAUAACACCGUGGAGGAGGAAAUUGCUCCAGUUCCAUUAACCGGAGAGGAGGUUCUUCAAAGAGUACAAUAUUUACAGGGCCAUGUCCAUGGUAAGACACAACGCAAACCUCGAAUAAAAAGAGGCGAUCCUCGACCAGUUUGGAAGAAGGUGCAUGUUCUUGAUGUGAUGCACAUCGAGAAAAAUAUAUGUGAGGCUUUACUUGGCACUCUUCUUAACAUACCUAAGAAGACAAAAUACAAGGAAACCGUCCGUCUUGACAUGGCAGAAAUGGGAAUAAGAACGGAAUUGAGGCCACAAGCUCUUGGGAAAAAAGAGAAAUUACCAUUGGCGUCUUGGAACCUGACUCAUUCUGAAAAGAAAACAGUUUGCUCCUCUUUUCUCGGCAUGAAGUUGCCUGAUGGUUUUUGUUCCAACAUUCGGAGUCUUGUAUCAAUGGAAACACUUAGACUCACUGGAAUGAAAUCUCAUGACUGCCAUAUGAUUUUGCAUCAUCUGCUACCAGUUGCAAUUCGGUCCUCACUAGAGAAACAGGUUAGGAACACUAUUAUUCGGUUUUGUCUCUUUUUCAAGGCAAUCUGCAGUAAAGUUAUUGAGGUUGACAAGUUGGAGAAAAUGCAAUCUCAGUUGGUAGAAACUUUAUGCCAGCUUGAAAAAUACUUCCCUCCUUCCUUGUUUGAUUUAAUGUUUCAUCUAUCAGUCCAUCUUGUACGAGAAGUGGAGCUUUGCGGGCCAAUUUUCCUUAGAUGGAUGUAUCCUUUUGAGAGAUACAUGAAGACAUUUAAGGGAUAUAUAAGGAAUCGGGCUCGUGCAGAAGGUUGUAUUGCUGAGGCCUAUAUUGCGGAAGAAGCUGUUGAGUGCUUGGUUAACCACGAAGAAGGUACAGUUGGGGUACCAAAAAAUGAUAGGCACACGGGAGAUGGCAUUUGCAGACCAUUAUCUGGUGCAACUAUGAUAACCCCGAGCAGCACUGAUUUGCAUGUAGCACAUUUAUGUGUUCUACAAAAUACUACUACCGUGAGGCCAUAUUUCGAUGAGCACAUGUCAUUUUUGAUGACAAAAUACCCGGAACAUGAAAAUGACGAAAUGUGGCUUAGAAACAAGCAAAAUGCAACAUUCCCUAAAUGGUUCAAAGACAAGAUUGGUGCAGAUUUGUUUGAGGAAAUAGAGGUACCACAGGAGUUACGCGGCUACAAAGUGGAUGGUGUUACCUAUAGUACCAAGGAUCGUGAUGAUACACGUCAAGUUCAAUGUAGUGGUGUGUGCAUACAAGCCGAUACAAUGGUUGUGGAGGGAAAGGAUCAAAACAUUGAGCAUACUUCACCUAUAUUUUAUGGUGUGGUAACAAGUAUAUGGGAGUUGGAUUAUAACAACUUUAGGAUCCCUCUUUUUCAUUGUAAGUGGGUAGAUAUGAACAAAGGGAUUAAAGUCGAUGUUUUGGGAUACACAUUGGUUAAUUUGAAGAAGUUAGGAUUUUUAAAUGAUCCAUUUGUGUUGGCAAAACAUGUUAAGCAAGUUUGUUACAUCGACGAUCCUCUUGAUAAGUUAUGGUCUGUUGUGUUAAAUUUACCCAAGAAAAGGUACUAUGACGAGAAUGAGGAUGAGAUUAAGGGAUCUGUAGAAGUGGAACUUGAAAAUGAUUGUUCUAUGCCCAAUUUGCCGGAAGUUGAUUUAGUUGAGGAGGAAGUGGCUAGUUAUAUUUGGGAUGUGGAUGAACUAAUAGCACUUUCGUGA